AUGGUUAAAUCUUAUCAAAGGUUUGAGCAGAAUUCAGUAUUUGGCGUUGUAGCCGGCAACACAAAUUCGGUGUGGCUCGCUGGUGAAAACAAGAAUUCUGCGGGGGAAAUUAUCAUCGGCGCACUUGAAAGGGUUAAUAUAUGGAAUAUUAAGACAGGUGAGCUUGUUGACACCCUUGUAGAUGGUCUACCGCCAGGAUCAGUAGAUGCGAAGGUUUCCAAACCUGCAGCUGCAUCCUGUCUCGAAUAUUUUGCUGAGACAAACCUUUUGGCAGUGGGUUGCUCAGAUGGCUCUAUCAAAGUGUGGGAUUUGCUUUCGAGAUCGGUAAUUAUUAACUUUAAUGGUCACAAAAGUGCCAUUUCUGUUUUGCAAUUUGACGCCACGGGUACACGUUUAAUUUCGGGUUCGAGAGACUCAGACAUUAUUGUCUGGGAUUUGGUCGGUGAAGUUGGGCUGUACAAGCUUAGAGCACACAAAGACUCGAUUACUGGCAUUUGGUGCGAAAGCGAAGAUUGGCUAGUUAGCACAUCAAAGGAUGGGCUGAUAAAAAUAUGGGAUCUGAAGACCCAGCAAUGCAUCGAAACUCAUAUGGCGCACGUUGGAGAAUGCUGGAGUCUUGGUAUUUACGAAGAUCUAGCUAUUACCACGGGUCACGAUGCACAGAUCAAAGCUUGGAAGCUAGAUUUUGAUCAACCCUCUGGCUCGAAACUUAUCGAAAAGGGUGCGUAUUUGAAACAGAGCAAACAAAGGGGACUAAGCAUUGAGUUCACUGUCAGUCCCGAGGGCGUGUGCUUUUUUUGCAUUCAGAAUGCGGACAGAACGGUUGAAAUCUUCAGACUCAGAACGCAAGAGGAGAAGCAAAAGGCUGUGAAGAAACGAGAAAAAAGGUUAAAGGAUAAAGGUAUGAGUGAUGAUGGGAUCCAGCAGAACAUACAAGAUUCCUACAUGUCCUUCGUGAUGCAUCCCUUUGACUUGAUUAGGUCCGCUUUCAAAGUAAAAUCUGUCAGCUGGGCGAGUGUCACCAAUUCAAAGCUUGAGCUUGUGAUCACUACGGCCGGCAACUCCAUUGAAUACUAUUCCAUUCCUUACAGUAGAAGAGAUCCAACUCUUCCAGCGCCAAAAAAGCUGUACACACUAGAGCGUGAAGGACAUCAUCAAGAUAUUAGGGCCAUUGAUGUUAGUGACGACAAUAAACUCCUAAGCAGUGUGUCGAACGGUACCCUGAAGAUUUGGAACAUAAAGAAUAAGGUAUGUAUACGUACUUUUGACUGUGGGUAUGGUUUGACCUGCAAGUUUCUACCGGGCGGAUCACUGGUAAUAGUCGGAACAAAAUCCGGGGAACUUCAGUUGUACGAUCUAGCAUCAUCUACUUUGGUUGAAUCCAAAGAAGCUGCCCACGAUGGUGCGAUAUGGUCGUUAGAUCUGACGGGUGAUGGAAGGAGGCUUGUUACUGCAUCAGCCGACAAAACAGUCAAGUUCUGGACAUUUGAGGUGAGAAAUAUUCCCAAUCACGGAUCCACUGAAAAAUCUUUACCAAGACUCCAGGUCAUUCACGACACAACUCUUGAAAUGAAUGAUGAUGUACUGGCUGUGAAGAUUUCGCCUGAUGAUAAGCUUUUAGCGAUAUCAUUACUUGACAACACAGUGAAAGUUUUCUUCCUGGACACUAUGAAGUUUUUCCUCAGCAUGUAUGGGCACAAGUUGCCAGUACUUUCCAUCGACAUUUCUUAUGAUUCCAAGAUAUUAAUAACUUCUUCAGCUGAUAAGAACAUCAAAAUAUGGGGGCUUGAUUUUGGUGAUUGCCACAAGUCUCUUUUCGCUCAUAACGACUCUAUCAUGAAUGUAAAAUUCCUCCCAGAGACUCAUCACUUUGUCAGCUGCAGUAAAGAUGGGCUAUUGAAAUACUGGGAUGGAGACAAGUUUGAAUGCAUACAAAAACUUGCAGGUCAUCAAAGCGAAGUAUGGUCCUUGGCAGUGUCCAACGACGCGAGUUUUUUCGUGUCGACCUCUCAUGACCAUAGUAUAAGAGUAUGGGAAGAGACCGAGGACCAAGUGUUCUUGGAGGAAGAGAGGGAACGUGAUUUGGAGGAGCAAUAUGAGAGCACUCUUCUCAAUUCCAUGCAGAGUGGUAAUGGUGACGACAUGUUCAGCAAAGAUUCCGUUGAAGACCAAGAUGAAGCUACCGAUGUCCACAAGCAGACCACAGAGUCAUUAAAGGCAAGCGAAAAACUAAUAGAUGCUCUCGAUUUAGGAAUGACGGAGAUCAAGAUUUUUGAACAAUAUGAAAAGGAUUUAAAACAAUGGCAAAAAAGGAAAAGCGGAGAAGCUCCUACCAAGCCUCAUCCUAAUGGGAUUCUCGUUGCCAUCGGCAAGACUCCAACAGAGUACAUUAUGGACACCUUGGUGCAAAUUAAACCUGCACAGCUUGAGGACGCUCUUUUGGUGUUACCAUUUUCUUACGUUUUGAAGCUACUUGACUUUAUCAAACUGGUCACUCAGGAUAUCCAAUUACUCGAGACAAGGUUGCCUUUGAUCUGCAGGUACCUACUCUUCGUUGUCAAGUCUAAUCAUAGAGAAUUGGUCGCGCAGAAAAAUCCACAACUGAAGCAGCAGAUAAAUGAAGUGAAGGACGGCCUUCGCAAUGCACUAGAGACGAAGUCGAACGAUUUAGGUUUCAAUAUACAAGGGCUUAAAUUUGUUCAACAACAGUGGGCCUUGAAGCAUGAUGUUGAAUACGUUGAUAGUUAUCAGCAGAAAGAGCACGAGCAGUCCAAAACCAAGAAGAGGGUUUUUGGAAACAUCGCUUAA